AUGAGACCAGCGUUUAUGCCGCACAUCCUGCAGAGACCAGGUAAUCUAUCUCUACUGUUGCUGACUUCACCUCAGUGCUAGCUAAACAGCGAUUCAGUCUUCAAAUGAAAAACAAUGUGUUGGGAGGCUAAUUGGAAAUCUCUCUUUCAGGGGGUCCGAGGAUGCCUAUGAUGCGUGGUCCCCCUCCACAGGGUAUGAUGGCUCCCCCACUGCCACGCCCCCCUCCUCCCCCGCCCAUGAUGAUGGCACCCCCCAUGCAAGGACCCCCUCAGCAUCCUCAGCAUCCCAUGGACCCAAUGGGACAUAUGAGCUCAGGAGGACCCCCGGUUAGUUGCUAUAGUGCCUUUUUAUCCCUCAUAGAGGCCCCUAGGACAACUAAUAUCAAUGGUCUGCCUAAAGGCCCACACAGACUGUACGAUUUUAGACGUCUUAUACCACGAUUUGUCGGUCGCAGACAACAUUUUCAUGUUGUGGGAAAAUCAUUUUCUUGGCUCGUUCAGUGUGACAUGGUGUAGGUCUGCUGAUUGAGUACCACUACAUGCGGUUGUAGGCUCAGACAAAGUUCUGCCAGUGUCAGAAAUGUUGAGCCUUUAUCGUGUAGUGUGGCUGGUGUUACGAGCCGAUCCCGGUGACUUACCAAUAGGAACACGGCCGGCACUGAGUAUGCACACAACACUACGAUUAUUGUGAAUAGUCCGAUUUUAAUAUACAGUGAAUGCCCAUGAAUGUGGAUGCUACCAUGAUUACGGAUAAUCUUGAAUGAAUGAUGAAUAAUGAAAAGUGAGAAAGAAAAAUGCUAACCUCCCGUUAUUGUAAAGGUGAGAGGUUAGCAUGUCUUGGAGGUAUGAUAUUUGUGCGUCUAACUUUCUCACUCAUCAUUAUUCACGAUUCAUUCAGGAUGAUUCGUAAUGAUGGUAUCAUCCACAUUAAUGUAGAAGUACUUCGAAACAUUCUAUUCUUAUUUACAAUAAAUUCCAUUAAUUUCUAUUGGGCACAACAUCAUCUGAAACAACCAAAACAAAGAGCAAAUGCAUCCAACAAAUUUAAGUCACAAGCUUGAUGUAGUCAUUGCGUGCUAUGAACAUGGGAACAAAUACUUAACUUUUUACUUUAAUACACAAGUGAAUUUGUCCAAAAACUUUUGCUCCCCUAAAAUGGGGGGGACUAUGUACAAAAAGUGGUGUAAUUUCUAAACAGUUCAUGUAUGAAAAUACCCUCAAAUUAAAGCUGACAGUGUGCACUUUAACCUCCAUAGUAAAAUCCAAACUUUGAGUAUAGAGCCAAAAGAAGAAAAGAUGCUUCACUGUCCCUCUAAUAGUUUGAUUUAAACAUUUAAAUGCUUUGCAAGAAGAAUGAUUUCCCUAAUCUUGUUUGGGCUAUAUCUAAAAAUGCUAAAAAGGCUACCUGAUGGGAUUUUGAUAAAUGCACAAAAUCAGCAAUCAAAAUAAACGUUCUAUCACAGUGGCCGUGUUAUUUUUGGGAAGUGUGUUUGAUUCUGAGUUCCGACAUGUAACGUUUGUAUGUAAAACUAUUUCUAAGUUGCAUACUUUCCGUUUUUUUCUGAACUCACUUCACUCAUGCAUAAGCACAGAGGGAGGCUUGCUCUGCUAGUGCUGGCUCAUGUGCAGAUCAAAUACACAGCUGCAGCUGACAUCGCAUACAUCAACAGACAUAGCCUCGCAAGCCAAUCAUAGAAUGUGUUAACAGAACUGAAGCAAAUCGUACAAUCUGGCCAGCAAGAUAUCAAGAUUUUAAUUAGGUAAGAUCGCACAGUGUGACAUGUAAUAAUCGUAAAAGACUGAAUCCAACGUACAGUGUGGGAAGACCUUUAAGGAAAUUCAGUGUUAACUGUGUCUUCAAUUAUGAAUGUGAGCAGGCAGGCUUGGUCAAUCUUGCUCAGUUCUGUUGUGCUUCAUUAUCUCCAUUUUUCUAUAUGCUGUUACCAUUUCUCACCAUCUACAGGUGGGGUCGACCCAUGGGACACCCAUGGGACACUCCAUGGUGUCAGCACCCUCCAGGCCUGUGACCCAGGCCCCUCCCAAGCUCACCCCCUCGAUCAUCUCCGCGGCCCCCACUGUCUACACAGCUCCCCCUGGGCCCAAGAUACCAGACAUCCAUGCCCAGAGAAAGGCUCGCAUGGUAAGCACACUCACUUCUACUCUUUAGUUUUCAAUGCUUUUGCAUUCAAAUUUUUUUCAACGACUACUUAAAAUGUGCAUUUGACAUACUUGCCAAAUCUGCUGAUGUUUGCUGGAAAUUCACACUGAAUCUUAUCUAUCAUCAUGUCUCUGAUAGUUUUUUUUCCUCUCUGUUCUCCCUCUGACCUCAUCAGGAGGAGCUGGCAGCGUCUGUAGCAGAGCAGCAGGCAGCAGUGAUGGCUGCCGGACUGCUGGAGGCUAAGAAGGAGGCCAGCCUUGCCGCCUCAGAUGACAACGUUAUCGGACCCAGCAUGCCAGAGCCCGAGCCCGUCCACACUGAGGUACAGAAUUCUCUGCCUUGUUUAUCAGCCCUGGCUCAAGUUAAAGGGUUUAAACUUUUCGGCAUUCAAAAUGCUUGUACAAUUAAAUUGGUGGAUUGAAAUAGACUUGACCCAAACCCUACAAAGGGCCAGUAUUGCAGCAAUCUCUAGAAUAUGUCUGACUCUAGAAUCUUGUGUUUCUCUGCAGCCAGUGGAUAGCACAGCAGAGGAGAAGAAGAAGGGUAAGCAAGAGAAGGCGAAGAAGUGUAUCCGUACAGCCGCAGGCACCAGCUGGGAGGACCAGAGUCUACUGGAGUGGGAUUCA